AUGAGUUCUACCCUGCCGCUGCACAUGUACAUCCGUCCGCUGUUGAUUGAAGACGCGCAUGAAGUAAUCGAGCUUGAAAGUAGGGGAUUCCCACCUGAAGAAAGAGCGUCUCGUGAAACAACUGAGUUCCGUUUGAAAGUUUGUCCCGAACUGUGCUCCGGUCUUUUCAUCCGGGACGUGGAUGGUCUCGAAGUUAAGGGCGAAAAAUUGAUUGGCCACAUUCUAGGUACUAAGGUCCCUUCAUCGUCUGAUAGCUCGCAUGGUUCCAAAAUAACUUUGGAAAGCAUGGGUCAAGCACACGACGAAUCUUCCACCACCGUUGGUAUCCACUCGGUAGUGAUUGCGCCCGAGCACCAGAAAAAGAACCUGGCAACGUUACUGCUCACCGACUACAUUCAAAAGCUCAGCAACCAAGAAGUGGGCCAAAGAAUCGCAAUCAUAACGCACGAGCCGUUGGUUCCCUUUUAUGAACGCAUUGGGUUUCUACUCCAAGGUGAAAACGUCCAGGUCAAGGCCGACGCUGCCUUUGCCAAGUCCAAAUGGUGCGAUAUGGUCCGCGAGUUGGUGAAGGAGGAGUAUGAGAAUUAG